UUUAAUUAGUUGUGGAUUGUAAUGGCCUAAAGUUGCUAACUUUAUCCAUUUUAUUGUGAUGUUGUGGAUAGGAAGAGGCUAAUGGAUGAAGAGGUAACAAUAUGAGUGUGAAAACAAGAAGGAAAUCAGGGUGAUGGCUUCUCCCGUCGUUCCCGUUUCAGUUCCCGUUCCAGUUCCCGUUCCGGUCACCGAUCCCGCGGUGGCUCGAAACCCAAACGGCGGCGUCACCAUCCGCACUCGCCUAAGCCAGCUAUGCCAACAAGGGCAGCCUCAGCUGGCUCGCCAUCUUCUGGACAGCCUUCCACGCGCCUCCACCGCCGUGUGGAACACCGUGAUCAUCGGCUUCAUCUGCAACAAGAUGCCAUUGGAAGCCCUGCAGCUUUACGCGGAGAUGAAGUCGAGGCGGAACACGGCUUCCGAUGGGUACACCUUCUCUUCCACCCUCAAGGCCUGCGCCCUUACCCAAAACCUCAUGGCCGGUAAGGCCCUUCAUUCCCAUUUUCUUCGCUCCCAAUCCAAUUCCCGAGUCGUCUACAACUCCCUCUUGAACAUGUACUCCGCAUGCUUACCCCCUUUCUCCACCCAACCCCAACACGACUACGUCCUCAAACUGUUUGCUGUAAUGCGCAAACGAAAUGUCGUCGCUUGGAACACCUUGAUUUCCUGGUUCGUCAAGACCCACAGGCACCUCCACGCUCUUCGCGCCUUCGCCACCCUCGUCAAAGCCUCUCUCACGCCAACCCCCGUCACUUUCGUCAAUGUCUUCCCCGCCGUCACUCACCCAACCACCGCCCUUAUGCUUUAUGGCCUGCUUCUUAAACACGGGGCUGACUAUGUCGAUCAUGUCUUUGCUGUUAGCUCCGCAAUUGUUAUGUUUGCUGACCUUGGCUGCUUAGAAUAUGCGAGGAUGGUUUUCGAUUGCUGUUCUAACAAAAAUACUGAGGUCUGGAACUCCAUGAUUGGCGGCUAUGUUCAAAAUAACUGUCCUCUUCAGGGGAUCGACGUGUUCGUUCGAGCUUUGGAGUCAGAGGAGGCUGUGUGCGAUGACGUCACUUUCCUGUCGGUUAUCUCUGCUGUUUCCCAGCUGCAGCAAAUAAAAUUGGCCCAGCAGAUACAUGCAUUUGUUCUAAAAAGUUUGGCGGUUACUCCCACUAUUGUUGUCAAUGCAAUCAUUGUGAUGUACUCCAGAUGCAGUUCCGUGGAUACUUCCUUUAAGGUUUUUGAAAAGAUGUCUGAAAGGGAUGCUGUAUCGUGGAAUACGAUAAUUUCUUCCUUUGCGCAGAAUGGUUUGGACGAGGAAGCACUGAUGCUUGUGUGUGAGAUGCAGAAGCAGAGGUUUACCAUCGAUUCUGUCACUGUGACGGCGUUACUCUCUGCGGCUUCUAACAUGAGGGACUCGUACAUUGGAAGGCAAACGCAUGCAUAUCUAAUUCGCCAUGGGAUACAAUUUGAGGGUAUGGAGAGUUAUCUGAUUGACAUGUAUGCUAAAUCUGGCUUGAUUACGACUUCGGAGUUAUUGUUUGAGCAGAACGGCCCAAGUGAUAGAGAUCUGGCCUCAUGGAACGCUAUGAUUGCUGGUUAUACUCAGAAUGGGCUCAGUGACAAAGCUAUUCUCAUUCUUAGAGAGGCAUUGGUGCGCAAGGUAAUACCUAAUGCAGUGACAUUGGCUUCGAUUCUCCCAUCUUGUAGUUCCAUGGGAAGCACGGACCUUGCUAGGCAACUUCAUGGAUUCUCCAUACGUCUGUUGUUGGACCAAAAUGUUUAUGUGGGAACUGCUUUAGUGGACGCUUAUUCAAAAUCGGGUGCAAUCAGUUAUGCCGAAAAUGUUUUUAUCAGAACACCGGAGAAGAAUUCUGUCACGUACACCACAAUGAUAAUGAGCUAUGGUCAGCAUGGAAUGGGUAAGAGAGCCCUUGCCUUGUAUGAUUCCAUGCUGAGAUGCGGGAUUAAGCCCGAUGCAAUUACUUUUAUUGCCAUCCUGUCUGCUUGCAAUUACAGUGGUUUGGUUGAAGAAGGUCUUCACAUAUUUGAGUCGAUGGAUAAAGUACAUAAAAUCAAGCCCUCAACGGAACAUUAUUGUUGUGUUGCAGACAUGUUAGGGAGGGUUGGGAGGGUGGUCGAAGCUUAUGAGUUUGUUGAGAGACUGGGUGAGGACGGUGAUGCAGUAGAAAUCUGGGGAUCUAUUCUUGGAGCCUGCAAAAAUCAUGGGUACUUUGAACUGGGAAAAGUUAUUGCAGAAAAGUUGCUUAAUAUGGAAAAGGAAAAAAGGAUUGCUGGAUAUCAUGUUCUGCUCUCAAAUAUCUAUGCAGAGGAGGGAGAAUGGGAAAAUGUUGAUCGAGUGAGAAAUCAUAUGAAGGAAAAAGGUUUGCAAAAGGAAAUUGCAUGUAGCUGGGUUGAAAUUGCUGGGUGUGUGAACUACUUUGUAGCUAGAGAUGAGAAGCACCCUCUAAGCGGUGAGAUAUAUUAUAUCUUGGACAUAUUGACUAGGGACAUGAUGGGUGUUGGUUAUAAGCCAGGCUACAAUUCAAACUUAAACAGGAUCUUGGAAUCAAGUGACUGAAAUGAAUAAAUUAUGCCAAACUUGAACAAAAUUAGGUGCCGGUUAGGUUUGAUUAUGACCAACGAUACCUGCAUAAGUUCAUCCAGUGUGCACAUGACUAGAGCUGUCAUUGGUCAUUCACUUGAAACAAUUUUUCAUUGAUGAAAAACAUAUUCAAUUCAUGCACAGCACGGUUGUGCAGCUGAAUAGUGACAAUUUUGAUUCUACUUUUUGCUCCUGAAUCAAGAAAUGCUGUGGUUUUUGUACUACUUCAAUGGAGGUAUAGUUCUUCGACUCAACCUUUUUUACAUGAUGUGGCAUUUAAAUGCAGCAUUUGGCUGUAGUGUAUCAUCAGGGCCCAGUUGAUUAAACUGAAACAGAAUAAUUGAAGACCGAAUGAAGUGUUUUGUAUGAUAGUGGAGAUGCUAUCUCAUGAACAAGUCCUUAUGAUACAUUUAUUCGAGAUACUUGGGAUAGUGGCAAAAGGUCAGGAGCAUCUAUGUUGAGGCAAACUGCAACUGUUGUUAUUAUUCAGUCUCACCCCUAGGCAUUCCUUUGAAUAGAGAUAGGUGUUGUCUCAAAUAGUUCGAUUAUAUGUUGUAAGCAUCGUAAAUUGCACUGGUACGUAUAUAUAGGAAGACAUGUUUAGGAUUUAAUUGGUCAUAUUUGGCUACAAAACUAGAUCAACCAGUUUUCAUGUACAAGGCAGUAUAUGAUGGAAAAAUAUGUAAGAGACAGAAAAAAGAAUUGGUGUAAGAAAAUGAAAGAGUAAGUGAGUACAACUUUAUAUUUAUUUUCUAUUGGUA